UGUGUGGCCCCAGAUCUGGUAAACAGGAGCGGACCGUCCGUGUGCCAUCGUUCCACGAGACACACCGUGCCUCACGCCCUUCACGCCAUUGUUCAGCAACUGACACACCACAAACAGUAGCCUCAGCGUGACAGACCCAGGUUCAGACAACUGCUGCUGCAUUUAACAAGAGAGAAAAUGAAAACUAAGGUCAUAAUCAUGCUCCUUGCCCUUGUGAUCCUGCUCAUUACCUUUUCGUUCCUGCCCAAAGGGGUAUCCGAUGAUGCUACAGACAAUCAAGUGAUUCCAGAUGACGAGAUGUUGAAGGAGCUCCUGAAAGGUGACGAUGCUGACAGGGCGUUCAAUACAUCUGACGGAGUUGAUGGAAAACACAGUUUCCCGGACCCUGACCACGACUGACAGGAGAAAGACUCCGUCUGUGGUUACUUAUAACAUUGGAAAUAUUACAUUACAUUUCCUGUACAUGAUCAUUCUGCCAUUAAUUAAUCAAACACUGAACAAAUCCUCAAAAUCAACUGUACAUUCAGGAGUGUGCAAAGGUUUUAAGCACUCUACAGAUUUCGGUCCAUCAGACAGAAACAUCAGGGAGACUUAGAAGUACCUUUAAGUACUGCAGAUAGUACAUGGGUCUAUACAUUAUAAUGGUAAAGUGGUUUCUGAAGUAACACAGUAAGUUCAAGUUUAAUCAAAGAGCUACUGCAUGUGAACGAUUUAACCAGGAUGUUAUUUAAUGUACCUUUAUUUUGUACUUUUUAACUUUAUGGCUCCAUCAAACUAUUACAUGUUACAAGUUUAGUAACUUUAAACUCACAUUAUAUUUAAAUAUAAAUACAAGUGACUCAGAAUGAGCUUUAAAUAAACCAUUUCUUUUCAUUCACAGUCUAUUGUUUUGUUUCAUAAUCCCACUGAACUCCACGUGUGUUUGACUACAGCGUCCUCUCCUGGCUGGUCGGUGUAAGUACACAUUAAAGUUGUUAAAGUUGAAACUCCAGAGAAAGUUUCAAACCUGCAGCUUUGAUAAGUGUCAGUGGUUUAAAGUUCAGAUGAGAGUUCACGUGCACAGUUCUGACCAGAGCAGAGACAGUGAAGCGGACACGCACGUGUCAGAUCAUGUGACACAGACGCUCAAGUGUCAACAGCGUCUUUUCUCAAACCUCCGAGCACCGGGGUCCAGCUGAGCCCGUGCCCGACAUCCGAGGCCCGCUUCUCCGUAAACCACACCGCCUCCCUCCCCUCCUCAUUCCGCCAAUUCCCCGGUGGUCCUCUUCUUAACUCCAGCCCCGACUCCUCUGCGCAGUCGAUCCGGGGAACAGGGAGCCACAGCCGGGGGGAAGCAUGCGCUCCAUAGCGGGACUCGCUGCCAUCGUUGGGGCGGCGAGCGUCUUCCUCUACCUGCUGUCGACUCAUCUGCCCCCGGGACCCCAGCAGCCAGAGGCCCGGGGAGAGGACCGGGGAGAGGCCCGGGGAGAGGACCGGGGAGAGGCCCGGGGAGAGGACCAGGGAGAGGACCGGGGAGAGGACCAGGGAGUCCGGGAGUACAGGCUGAAGUUCCCGUCGGACCUGGACGAGCUGCGGGAGCUCGCUGACACGCUCAAGUUUUAUAAACGAGAACAUCACGGCUACGUCCUGCUGCUGUUCUGUAGCGCCUACCUGUACAAGCAGUCCUUCGCCAUACCCGGCUCUUCCUUCCUGAACAUGUUGGCCGGUGCCAUAUUCGGGCCGUGGGAGGGUCUGGUCCUCGCCUGCCUCCUCACCACUUUAGGCUCCACGUUCUGCUUCCUGCUCUCCGCUGCGUUUGGAAAGCAGCACGUGCUUCACUUCUUCCCCGACAGGGUGGCGCUGCUGCACAGGAAGGUGGAGGAAAAUCGAAGUGGUCUAUUCUUCUUCCUACUUUUCCUCCGUUUCUUCCCCAUGACUCCUAACUGGUUCCUUAACAUCACCUGUCCUGUCCUCAACAUCCCAAUGCCCAUUUUCUUCUUCUCUGUGCUCAUAGGUUUGAUUCCCUACAACUUCAUCUGCGUUCGUACGGGCUCCAUGCUCUCGGAGAUCUCCUCCCUGGACGACAUCUUCUCCUGGAGCACGCUGGCCCAGCUCCUCGCCAUCGCCCUCAUGGCUCUCAUCCCUGGAGCGCUGAUCAAACGCUACAGCGAAGGUCACCUCAAGGUGGACGGCAUGGACAGCAACGGAACCAGUCAGGAGGAAAUCAAGCGGAAGAGGCGAUGACGGAGAACCUCACUUUACCUGUCAUCGGGAUCGAGGUGGGGAAGAAGCUCUCCGCUGGCGGGCACCGUCAACACGCCAUCUCCACAGCUGUGACCUUUCCAGACAUUUUUUCUUUUGUGUUCUCACAUGGACUCCUUUUGCCAAUUUACCUGGCAGGAAAAACCUCAGUGAACGUCCAGAGUAACGGACUUGGACGUUUUGGGGUUCUCACCUGCAGCCGCUCCAGAUAAGUUCAGGAGAAUAUCAGUGCACGUCUGUAACAUUGAUAUGUAACAUGAAUAUCCUUUGAUUUACAAAAAAAAAAAAAGUCUUAAACGGUGCUGGCGUUGCUUUGGAGAGGACUCAGGAGUUUGUGUCGAGGGUAAAGUGGCGAAUGUGCAGCUUUAAAACGAGAAAUCACUUUGAUUCUCUUCAUCAGGAUGUUAUUCACAAAUAUAUACUUUAAACGGUCUGUAUUUAUUUACAGGUCAUAAAUAUAAAAUAAAUAAAGCGUCGAUCUGCACAGGAAGCCCCACCUGGAUAUCCUCGCCGACCUUUGACCUUUUUAAAUGUAAAAUCUGAUGACACCAGACUCUUAGGCUUUAAAAAAAGGUUCACUCAGUUUGUAGUCGACCUUAAACUUCCCCUGCCGGUUGUUUUGGUAUAUUUUGAUUGUCUCAGUGUUUUUCUCAAAGCACUUACUGUCGUGUCUUAAUGUCGCUGUGACUGCAGAUGAGUUUUACAGUUGCUCUCUGCAGCACAGUUGUGAUCUUCUCAUGAUCGUCUCUUUGGCCUGAAGGUUUUAUUUUCUGAAUGUUUCUAUGAUGCAGUGAAAAGUGUUAAAAUCCAGAGUAAUGGUUUUUGACCUUUACUGCAACCCGUACAAUUUGGAGACAUCUUGAGAAGAUCCCAUCUUUUGCGUCUGUGAAUUUGAGGCACUUUGUCUUUGUAACUAAUUUAUUGUUUGAUUGAAUUAGACUGGAGAUGUACUUUAUAUUUUUAAGUCAGUGUUUCAGAGUUUCUGUAGAAAAUAGUCUUAAAUUAUAACUUUUUAUAGAAAAUUAAAGCAUAUUGAGCAAUUUAUUUAUACAUUUUAGUGAAAAUGUUGAGCGGAAAGGGACAGUUUGUAUCAUACGUCCUUGACUUUACAGAUCUGGAUCAUCUGCUGUAUUUUUUUAGAGACCUCAUUAGAUGAAGCUUAUUUUGAGAUGAUCUUUAGUAAAAUGUCAAUGUUGAAUUUUGGACAUCAGAGUUACGUCAUGUCGCUCUGUGAGCUCGGUUGUUCUGGUGUUUUGUAAAUGUGAAAAAGCGCAACAUCCACUGUUUGUACUGUUUGUCCACUGCGACGGCUGAGUUAAAUA